CGCCGAGGCGGCGAGGGUGAGCGCAGGCGCGGUGGGCUGAUCGCGGCUGAAGAUGGCGGGUCCUCUGGCAGUCGCCGGUGAUGUUGUGGUGGACGCGCUGCCCUAUUUCGAUCAGGGUUAUGAUGCGCCGGGAGUCCGAGAGGCGGCAGCUGCCCUAGUGGAAGAAGAGACCAGACGUUACCGACCCACAAAGAAUUACCUGAGUUAUUUGCCUACGCCUGACUAUUCAGCAUUUGAAACUGAGAUCAUGAGGAAUGAAUUUGAGCGACUUGCAGCUCGCCAGCCAAUGGAACUGCUCAGUAUGAAAAGAUAUGAACUGCCUGCUCCAUCUUCAGGACAGAAGAAUGAUAUCACUGCAUGGCAGGAAUCAGUGAACAACUCCAUGGCACAACUUGAACACCAGGCAGUGAGAAUUGAGAAUCUGGAGCUGAUGUCACAGCAUGGGUCAAAUGCAUGGAAAGUCUAUAAUGACAAUCUGGUACAGAUGAUUGAAAAUGCUCAGAAGGAACUGCAGAGACUAAGAAAACAAAUUCAAGACCUAAACUGGCUGAGGAAAAACGACCAGCUUGCUGCUGGCAGUAAACUUCGAGAAAUGGAAUCCAACUGGGUUGCAUUAGUCAGCAAAAACUAUGAGAUCGAGAGAGCAAUUGUCCAGCUCGAAGGUGAAAUAAACAAGAUGAAACAACAGCAAGGGGACGAGAACAAAGAAAACAUUCGACAGGACUUCUGAUGAUGAAGGGACUACUAACCCCCUUUUGGUUCAGUGCUUGUUGUCUUCAAAGUGGACUUGUGUUCCCGUUUAUACACUAGUUGCAGUAAUGACACAAACGGGAUUUUUUUGUUUGUAUUUCAUGUGUGUUUUGAACUCAGUAGAACAGUAUUCUAUAAUCUCAAUUUUAAAGUGGCCCAAAAACAUGUUAUUUUCUGUCUUCUCCCUAUGCAUUAGGUAACUGCCUAUUGUACACUUACAGCAGCUAGGGUUGUUCUUCCUUUUUGACCAACAUACCAACUGAGGUUUCCAAAACAGUCUACUUCUCAGGAUUAAUUAUCUGUAGCAAAAUCUUAAUGGAAUUUGUAUUACAUUUUUAUAGUUGAAUAUUUACAAAUAAAAUGCUGAACGUUAA